CUCUGAACUGGAACGUGACUCAAAAUGGCGAUAGAACAUAGCGCUAAUUCAUGAGCGGAUGUCCCAGCUUGCAGUCUGUGAUCAAGUCAGCCGUUAACAGCCAGUGAUGGAUAAUACCAGAGAAGAAAUAGCUUCGCGCCAUUGUCAUUUUUAUAAAUUUUGAUAUCAUUUGUUUGUUUAAAAUCCCGAGUGAACUCGAACGGGAAAGGAAAACUUCACAGUCAUGGCGGAGGAACGUCGGCAGAAGCAAUGUUCGGUCAGCCUGCCCACAGAGUCCAUGAAGGCCAUGGCCGAGUCAGUGGGAGUGGGGCAGCUACAGGAGGAAAGCUGUGCGGCCCUUAGCGAAGAGGUCAGCUACAGAAUCAAGGAAAUUGCACAGGACGCUCUAAAGUUCAUGCAUCACGGGAAGAGACGCAAACUAACCACCAGUGACAUAGACAAUGCCCUGAAACUAAAAAACGUGGAGCCCCUGUACGGGUUUCAGUCGCAGGAGUUUAUCCCUUUCCGCUUUGCGAGUGGCGGUGGAAGAGAACUUCAUUUCUACGAGGAGAAGGAGGUCGACCUCAGCGACAUUAUAAACACGCCUCUUCCAAGGGUUCCUUUAGAUGUUUCUCUCAAAGCACACUGGUUAAGUAUCGAAGGAGUUCAGCCGUCAAUUCCAGAAAACCCACCGCCAGCAUCAAAAGAGCAACAGAAAGCUGAAUCAACAGAACCGCUCAAAGUGGUCAAGCCUGGUCAGGAGGAGAAAGGUGCAAUUCAAGGCAAAGGUCAGAACACACCAGCUCCUGAUAACAAAGGUCAGUAUUACUCCUUUCGUUUUGGAGGAACUUCUUCAAUAAUAUUUUUGUGCGCUUUCCCGUUUUAUAUUAUAAUUCCACACAUUUUAUCACCAUUUCUACACCGAAUUGUUCUGGUUUUUUGGGUUUUUUUUUGUUAUGAAUGCUCUGAGGAAGAAUGUCUGAUCUCCAUUGAAUCUAACAAUUUUGUCCUUUUCACAGGAAAGGAGAAGGGUCUGAUCAGGUUGAAACCACGCAGCACCCACGAGCUUUCUGUAGAGCAGCAACUCUACUACAAGGAAAUCACAGAGGCGUGUGUUGGCUCCUGCGAAGCAAAACGAGCCGAAGCGUUACAGAGUAUUGCUACCGAUCCUGGACUCUAUCAGAUGCUCCCAAGAUUCAGCACGUUCAUUUCUGAAGGAGUUCGUGUAAAUGUGGUGCAAAACAACUUGGCUUUACUGAUUUACCUCAUGCGGAUGGUCAAAGCUCUAAUGGACAACCCCACUUUGUAUCUGGAAAAAUACCUGCAUGAGCUGAUCCCGGCGGUGGUCACCUGCAUUGUGAGCAAGCAGCUCUGUUUACGGCCAGAUGUCGACAACCACUGGGCUCUACGAGACUUUGCGGCUCGUCUGAUGGCCCAGAGCUGUAAAACGUUCAGCACAACCACCAAUAACAUCCAAUCCCGUAUUACCAAAACUCUCACCAAGAGUUUGUUGGAUGACAAAACCCAGUGGACGACGCGAUACGGGUCCAUCGCAGGGCUCGCUGAACUGGGAGCUGAUGUGAUAAAGACGCUGAUCCUUCCUCGGCUCGCUGUAGAGGGCGCUCGCAUCAAGGCAGUGAUGGACGGGCCUGUAGUGUCCAACAUCGACAGGAUAGGAGCUGAACACGUUCAGAGCCUCCUUCUGAAACAUUGCGCCAGCGUCAUCGCCAAAAUACGGCCUCAGCCGGACAACGUGGAGCAAUACCGGACGGACUACGGCUACCUCGGGCCCAUGCUGUGUUCUCAUGUAAUGAAGGCCAGAACUCAAGCAGCGCUGCAAGCUCAGCAAGUCAACCGGACCACCUUAACAAUCACACAGCCUCGUUCCACGCUUUCAGUCUCACAAAGUGGGUUGAGUGGAUCAGGUGGGCCUCGCACUCCCAGCAUCAUUAAGGUCCCGAGCUCCCUCACCCUCAUGUCUCCAAGACCCGGUACUCCGUCUCAGCCGUCGCCACCGGCAACAAAGUACAUUGUGAUGGGAACCAGUGCGGGAGCUGCCUCCACCCAGCAGGUCAUCACCCUUAGCUCCUCCCAGUCAGCCUCACCAGUAACCAGCACUGUUCCCAGUGCGACUUCCACACUGCAGCCCUUGGUAAAACUGGAGCCCGGCAGCGGUUCUGGACUCACGGCUCCCCGGCCAAUGCAGAAGUACAUAGUCGUAUCUCUUCCCUCGUCUGCCUCCUCCCUGGAGACCAAGAGCUCUGUGCUUCCAUCCUCCAUUUCCUCGACUCAAGUCGACGGAGGGAUCAAGCUGGAGCGCUCCGAUUCCCCCGCAGCAAGUACCCAGUCCCCACACUGACGUGUUUUGGUAAAGAAGAGUCUUCUCAUCUUCGAGUUUUUCUCGACCGAACCUAAAGGGGUCCACUUUGGAGCGAUGCGAAGAGAAUUAUGUGAACUCUUGACUGAUGAGAGCAAACAUGGCCAGACUUUGUAAAUAUCUUGAUGCUCAGUGGAAGCUGAACAGUCUGUGAAAUCAUCAGCAUUUCAGCUUAUAUUCUAACUGAUUUCAUGUCUUUUUUUACCCUAAAAUAAAUUUGAUUUUGUAUUAAG